CAGCGGCCAAAGCUGAAGGUUCCGUGCCAAUAUGGCGCAGGCUCACAAGGAAUCAGUGCUCGCUGCCGCCUGUGUGAGGACCCCUGUGAACCCCUACACCAAAGCACCGCUUGCCCUGUACGAACGGGAGUUGGGGGAAAGGCAACAACAACGAACUGCCUCUGUCUCACCCCAGAGACUUCCAAGAACAUCAAUGGGUACUCCUGCUGCUCCUGCUGCUGCUUUAGACUGGGAAGAAGCCAGGUGCUGCAAGUCCCGCAGAUGUCAAGACUGGGUUUUUGACAUUUCCAAAGUUCAUCAUCCAGACAAAGACUAUUAUGUUCAGGUAGAGAAGCUAAAAAAAGCUCAUCUGCAGAAUAUGGAACAACUGGAGAAAAUGUAUGAUAAAAAAUUACAUCUGAGUGGGGUUCACAACCCAGAGAAUGAACAGGGAGUUGUCAGGGAAGUCUACAGAUCAGCAUGGGAACCUAAAUCUGUGCUUCCAGCUGAAUAUGAUGAUAAGUAUUUGAAGCACAGCCUGAGUGGAAGUGUCUCUCCCAGCUUAUCAGAAAGCUCACAUGAAUCGACCAAUGGAGACAGCAGUGACUCAGAGCACUCUGUAUCUGCUAGAAAUAAAAUUCUUGACAUGUGGAAUGAAUUCACAGUCGAGGAUUAUAUCAGAAAUUCUGAAUACUUUUCCAAAGAAAUAGCAAAAAAUAAAACUAGCAAAAAGUCCAAAGAGUGGUCUCACAAAAUUACCAUUCCUGAACCUUUCCAGAUGACAAUUCGGGAAUCCAAGAAAAAAGAGAUGAAUAUAAAGUCAAAGUCCGAGAUUGAGCUGGAAAACAAUUUGCUGAAGAAAAAGCUGGAAGAAGAGGCAGAAUGCCAAAAAAAAUUCAGAGCAAACCCAGUUCCAUCUUCUGUGUAUCUGCCACUUUAUCAGGAAAUAGUGGAGAGGAAUGAGGAACGACGCAGUUUUGUGAAGGAAAAGAGCAAGGAUAUUCUACUGGCCACUCAGAAACCUUUCCAGUUUAUUGAGCGAGAGGAACGCAAGAAAACCCUUCGACUGGACUUUAUGAACCUUUCAACAUCAGUACCCAGCGCAAACCAUUUUAAAGCCAAGCCAGUGCCGAAGUCUAUUUAUGGAACUUCUACCGCCGAACGACUAAAAGAAGAGGAAUUGUAUCGAGGGAUCCGGAUACAUAUGAGAGCGCAGGAACUUUUACAAAAUUCCUCAUAUCCUACCAUCACUCUUGCUCCUGGCGCUCACUCAGGCACUAAGAAAGGAAAAUGCUACAAACCCAAAGAAAAGCAAAAGCACAAGCCCAAAAUCAGUGCGACCAUACCUCACUCUCAAACCAUGCAUGAAAAUCAGCAGAAACGUUUACCUGAGAGCACAUCUACAAAACAUGUUACAGUCUGUGAGCCUUUCCAGCUACGGACCUCCAACAUUCCCUCUCAUAAAGAGAAAAUUAUAAUGGACAUUCAAGCAGAUGAAGAAAACUUAAAAGAAACACGUUGGCCAUAUAAAUCUCCUAGGGCCCAGGCCCGAAUACAUUCUUCUGCAGGGACUCUGAACCCACAAGGGGAAGCUCUGUGUAACAUCCCAAGAUCAACUGAGUUAUCAAAGAGGAGAGAGCAUGCAAUCAGAAAAAGAGAAAAGCAGAGGACAAAAGACUACAUGAAGGAGCUGGAAGCAAUGGAACAGCGAGUGCUGAACAAGCCAUUGUUGAUAGAGCGAGUGGCUCAGAGAAAUGCACUUAUGUCUGCUGAAAAGCAAUAUCUGAAUGUGCUGCGUGACUUGGGGCUGAGCGAGGAAUUUGUCUCAAAGAACGGACAAAGCGCCAGCGUUGAUGAACACGUCAGUGUAAGAGAAGAGAACAACCCACGGGCAGAAAGCACGGAAGGUACACUGGUCCUUGAAGAUUUGCUGGAUGAUGCAGAAAAAUAUCAGACUGACCCUGAGAGUGAGGAGGCUCAAGAGGAAGAUGCCUAUAGCACUGAUGAGGACCACAGUAUGGAGGAGAUAUAAGACUGACAUUGGUUUAAGAAUUGCAUUGAAAAUGUUAACAGCAAAAGAAGUGCGUGUGUUUUUGUGCGUGUGUGUAUAUAUAUAUGUGUGUGUGUGUUAAAAUCAUUUUUUAAAUUACAAAAAUACAAA